CAUUUGUCCCCGGGAAAUCGCUGCGCGCUUUUGAAAAAGUCGGGCAAUAAUAGCCUCUCGACUUUCAUGAUUAAAACAAGCGAAGACCUCCAAAUUCGUUCUCACUUUUCUCAAUGGAAAUAUCAUUACUUUCAUCAACACAGAAAUACGCUGCCUCAGCUCUCUUCGCUGUGGCUCUUCACCAUUCUCAGCUUCAUCAAACACGCCCAACCACUCGUCUCCUUUCUCUUGAAGAAGAGCCUAUUGGUGAAGGGGCUAGCAACAGCAGCACCAUUUCCGUCUCUGAUUUCCCCCACCUUUGGAUCCAUGACAACUCCGGUUUACUUUUGCCUGUCUUCAGGUUUAUGGAAGUGGAGGAUCAAGCUUGGGAGGGGCUCAAAGAAACUGCCGGAGUAUCUACUCAAGCAAGGCAUCACGUUGGAUCAUUCAUGACCUUACUGUCAGAGACAAAUGAUGAGGUUUCUUCAGGAAUCCGAGAAAAGGAACUUGCUUUACUUAAGGCUGUGGAUGCUACAAUGCUUAGCAUGGAAAGCUCUCUCGUUCUUUCUGAGGAUAGCGAUAAGAGUUGUGACUAUGAAACUCAUUGCCGCCAGAGGUGCGCUUAUCCAGACACAACUACAGCUACGGAUCCUAAUGGAAGAAUCCCAAGGACUACUCCCAAUAUAUCCAAUAAUGAAGAUGUGGAUGGAUCAGGAUUUAGAUUUUUCGAGAAACCAAUUGAAGAGGGAAAAUUGCUUUCAGAGGAGAGGAAAUUAACGGUUCUUUAUGAGCUUCUUUCAUCUUGUGUAGCCGAUUAUGUGACUGAUGGCGGAUCAAAGGGCUAUGAUGCUCGGCACCGAGUGGCUCUUCGUUUGCUAGCUACUUGGCUCAAUGUCAAAUGGACAAAAAUGGAGGCUAUGGAGAUAAUUGUUGCUUGCAAUCUCAUUGUUCGGCUGAAGAACGAAGAUGCAGAGCAAUUUGGAAAGAGUAAGAACGAUAAAUGGAAACAGGCAGGCAUUAUUGGUGCUUCUGCUUUAACAGGAGGAUCCUUGGUGGCCCUUACUGGUGGCCUAGCUGCCCCAGUUGUUGGACACGGAUUAGGUGCCCUUGCUGCUACAUUAGGCAGCAUUGUUCCUGCAGUUGGAGUAGGUGGAUUUGCUUUAGCCGCUAGUGCUACAGGACCAAUUUCCGGUUCAGUUGCUGUUGCUGCAUCAUUUGGAGCUGCUGGAGCUGGUCUUGCAGGAAGUAGAACGGUUAUAAGAAUUGAAGACCUUGAUGAAUUCGAAUUCAUACAAACUGGGUUAUAUCAUAACCAAGGCCGGCUAGCAGUUGGAAUCUUGAUUUCUGGAAUUGCAUUUGAAGAAGAAGAUUUCUUAAGGCCUUGGGAAAAUUAUAAUGAUAACUUGGAGAGGUAUGUGCUAAAGUGGGAGUCUAAGAAUCUGAUUGCAUUGAACGCUGGGAUAAUGGAGUGGAUUACUUCGAAAGUUGCAUCAAACUUAUUGCAAGGAGGAGCCAUGCUGACUGUAUUAAGUACAUUACUAGCAGAAGAACCUCUGCCAGCAGCUUUGCUUGCUGCAUCUGAUCUUAUCGACAGUGCAUGGGCAAUUGCUGUUGACAGAUCUGAUAAAGCUGGAAAGCUGCUAGCUGAAUUGUUAAUAAGUGGAUUGCAGGGACACAGACCCGUGACACUCGUCGGUUUCUCAUUGGGUGCCAGAGUAAUCUUGAAAUGUCUCCAGUGUCUGGCUGAAACACAAGGAGAUAAUGCUGGACUUGUUGAAAGAGUUGUUCUUCUUGGAGCUCCCAUUCCAAUAAAAGAUGAAAAAUGGGAAGAUGCCAGGAAGAUGGUGGCAGGAAGAUUUGUCAAUGUUUACCAUACCAAUGAUUGGACACUUGGAAUCAUUUUUCGUGCCAGCGUACUUUCCACGGGAUUGGCCGGAAUUCAACCUGUUCAACUUCGAGGGAUUGAAAAUGUUGAUGCAACUGAAUAUGUGGAGGGACACUCUUCUUAUCUUUGGAUGACAAAGGAAAUCUUGAGACAGCUUGAUGUAGACAACUAUAAUGCUAUUUUUAGGACUACCCAGCAGGCUAAACCCCUGCAAGACCAAACCAAACAAACAAACAUAGUUUUCAUAUAAACAAAGAACAAAAAGGAAAUCUUGACUGUUUAUAUAGAAUUUAAUAAUAUAUAUAUAAUAUAAUUAAACGCUUCGCUUCAA